UAAAAAUAUUCAAGAAAACAAUCGUUAAUAUCAACGCUUCUCGUAGAAUGGUAACCUGACGUCACUUCCGGGAGGUGUUUCCGUUAGAGAUGGACGAUACUCUUCAACUAGCUGAUGGAGGAUUCACUAAAAAUGUGGCUCAGUCAGGAAGAAGAGCCCGUCAGACAUCAGAGAUGAUCGCUGCUGAAGACUCUCAUCAGAGGAAAUCAUCUUCAUCCAUCAGUACUGCAGCUGAGGGUCCUCCACCUAAACCAGCACGGCGGCAGGGCGGAUGGGCAGAAGAAAGCACAGGAAGUGGAUCGGCCAAAUCCGGACGGCGUUUAGCAGCAGAAGAUCAGGAGGAUCGACGGUUGAGACCACAGACCCCUGAAGGCUCGGACAAUGACAGUGAUAUUCCAGUGAUUCCAGACCUGGAGGAGGUUCAGGAGGAAGAUCUCACCAUGCAGAUCGCUGCUCCUCCCAGUGUCCAGGUGAACCGAGUAAUGACCUACAGAGACCUGGACAUGGACCUGAUGAAGUAUUCUGCUUUUCAAACACUGGAUGGUGAGAUCGAUCUGAAGUUACUCACAAAGGUUUUAGCUCCAGAGCAGGAGGUGCGAGAGGAGGACGUCGGUUGGGAUUGGGAUCAUCUGUUCACCGAGGUUUCCUCUGAGCUCCAGACAGAAUGGGAUCAAGGAGAACGAGACGAUCAGUCUCCUCUUCCUGUGACCUGAGGACGGACGAGCGGUGUCCAGACGUCUCUCUCUGUAAUCCUCCGCAGACUUUAUUUGUUUAUAUACUUGACUAUUGUUCAUAUUGAAUGUUUCUUGAUGGCGCUGUUGUCUCAGUGUUCACCACAUCUUAAACCUUUGAGAGUUUCUCAUUAAGGUUAACCUUGGAAACACAGAUACAUUGUUUUUCUUAACCGGAUCAAUCUGGAGACAUUUGUCACCGCCUGUAGUAUCUAGAAAAAGAGUAAAUCCAAGGUUAAUGAGCGAGUAAACUGAAAUCCAGUUGAUUGAGUUAAAAUGAACUUUGCACAUCCGA